UGAUAUUCCACUAGUUAUUCCACCCAAAGCCCAAAACCUCCGGCGGUACAGUCGCCUGUCGGUGUUGUAAAUAAUUUGUGUAAAAUCACUUCAUUUUAAAGAUUUAUUGUGAAAACUGUGCAGAAAUAUAUCUACAAAGAUGGGUCGACGGUCAAUAAAUACCACUAAAAGUGGAAAAUAUAUGAAUCCUACGGAUCAAGCCCGUAAGGAAGCACGUAAGAAAGAGCUGAAGAAAAACAAGAAGCAACGUCAACUCGUACGCGCUGCUGUCCUUAAAGGAAAAGAUCCAGCACAGAUUAUCGAGGAGAUGGAAAAAAUCGAUCAAAUGGAGUACAAUGUUAUGCAGCCUCCACCAUUGAAUGAGAAAGUUUUGAAAGAUAAAAGAAAAAAGCUUAAAGAAACCCUGGAUCGUGUCUUAAAAAUGUAUGCCAAGGAUGAUCAAGAAAAAUGGACGGAAUUAAAGGAACAAUUAAUACAAUAUGAACGACGAAGGAUAGAUUUAGUCACAUAUUUUGACGCAGUCCGACACGCACAGCAAGUUCAAGUGGAUGAGAUUCCACUGCCUUCUGCUGGUGGUGAAGUGGCAAGAAUAUACCCAGGGGCUUUGACUUCCCAAAUACCGCUACCAGAGAUGCCGCAACCACCUUCUCACCUUUACUCAACCCACUCUUCAUUCAUACCUCAUCAUCCAUUGAUGAAUAUUCCUGUACCACAGAGUAUAUUGAAGAAAACCAGUGCUUAUACAUCUGCUACAUCCGCUACGAAUCUGCUACCAAUCAAUAAGGAACCUCCGGGAGUCCCACCGUUUCCGCCACCAGAUCUAUCUAGUGAUGAAGAUGAGCCAACUGAAACGGCCAAAGAGUUGAGCCUCAAAUCCAGAACAAUUCGUUUUGCUGAUGAUAAGGAUGAUAAAAAAGAAUCAUCAGAACUCAAAGAGAAAGAAAAAGAGAAAGGAAGAGAGAUUGAAAAGGAAAAAGAAUCUUCCAAGGUAAAACCUACGACUCUGCAGCAAAAAAUGUUAGCAAUGGCUGGACAGGAUAUUGAUCAGUUUAUGCGUGAAAUGGAAGUCGUGCACAAGAAAAGAGAAACUGAACGAGCACAAGACUUGAAUGCUCGAUUAACAUUGCUCGAUGCUGAUGCGAACGCCAAAGCUAACUCCAACGGAAAGUCUGAACAGGAUGAAGGUCUAGAGCCUCCUGGAUUGAUGGGUCAUCCUCCGCCACACAAUCCUCAUCAUCCGCAACAUCCACACCAACACUCUUUACCGCCUCUUGGUCUUCCCCCACCUCCACUUCUGUAUCGUCCACCACCACCACCCAUGCAUGCUCUUCGAAUGCCACCGCCUCCUCCACCUCGCAUUGGACUCAGGCUACCACCAGGUCCGCCACCCGGUAUGCCUCGUCUUCUCCGACCAGGACCACCUGGCAUUCCGCGAAUGCCACCACCGCAAAUGCAGAUUCCGAAUCUGGGCAACUUAGCAAAUAUGGCAAAUUCUCAAAUCCAGAAUCAGUCUACUGGAGGAUCUCAGCCAAAAACACCAAACGUGCUGUCGGCAGCUCCACAGCUCAUUAACAGAAAGGAUAAGGACGGCAAGAGCUCAAGUACAAUCGAAGCUAAACCACAAAUCAGAAAUUUGGCCGCUGACGUCACCCGUUUUCUACCGACGUCUCUUAGAGUUAAAAGAGAUGAUAAGAAAAAGCCUAGUUCUAUACCUAAAAUGCCUGACAGAUUCAUCGAAGCUCAGCCUCAGAGGCUCGUUCAACCAAAGACUAAGGAUGACGCCUACAUGCAGUUCAUGCAAGAAAUGGAAGGCUUGCUUUGAACAAAUGAUUUGUAUUUAUUUGUCAUCACGCUGGUAUUGUCGCUGCAUAUUAACAAAGAGCAUUCAAUUAGCAAUUGCAAUUAAAUAUUUCACACAGUCAA